CGAACAUCUGUGAAGACACAGCAAAACUCGCUCCCUCACUAGGAACCUGUUUGCAGAGCCUCGAACCCUCACACAGACACACCUGUGCAAGAAGCAGCGGGAAGACGGGCUGGCCAGAGACUCAGAUCCCCAGCAAUUCCGCCUGUCCGUCUCAGCAAGGCCACGAUGAACCGAGGAAUCUCUUUUAGGCACCUGUUCCUGGCGCUGCAGCUGGCACAACUGGCAGCUGUCUCUCAGGGGAAGACGGUGGUGCUGGGCAAAGAAGGGGCGUCGGCGGAGCUGCCCUGCGAAGGCUCGCAGAAGGGCCGCCUCUUCUUCUGGAAGCUCCCUGACCAGACGAGGAUUCUGGGACACCAGAAUAAUUUUUUGACUAAAGGUUCAUUUGAAGGGUCUGACCGUUUUGAUUCAAAAAAAGCUGCAUGGGACAGAGGGUCAUUUCCUCUCCUCAUCAAUAAACUUAAGAUGGAAGACUCAAAGACGUAUAUCUGCGAGGUGGAGAACAAGAAGAUGGAGGUGGAGCUGUGGGUGUUCAGAGUGACUGCCAGUCCGGACACCCGCCUGCUGCAGGGGCAGAGUCUGACCCUUACCUUGGAUAGCAGCAAGGUUACUCACCCCUCAAUAGAGUGCAAAGGCCCUGGGAAUAGCAUUGUCAAGGGCUCCAAAACCCUCUCCAUGCCCAACCUGAGGAUUCAGAACAGUGGCAUCUGGACCUGCACCGUAACCCAGAGCCAGCACAAGAAUAACUUUGAUAUAAACAUCUCAGUGUUGGCCCCGAGCAACAGGCUCCAGGUCUCUGCUUCUCCUUCCUCUGCAGUGGCUCAGAAAGACAACGCUGUGACCUGUGAGGUGAGGGGACCCACCUCCCCCAAGAUGAAGCUGACCCUGAAGCUGGAGAAUCAGGACAAGGUCUCCGGGCAGGAGAAGGUGGUUGAAAUGAAGGACCCUGAGGCAGGCCAGUGGCUGUGUGAACUGAAUGAAGGGGAUGAACUCAAGAUAAGCUCCAAAAUCCAGGUUUCAUCCAGAGGGCUGAAGCAGGACCAGCCAACGUUCCUGGCUCUCGUGCUGGGGGGCAUCUUCAGCUUUCUGACCUUCAUUGGACUCUGCAUCCUCUGCUGUGUCAGGUGCAGGCACCAGCAGCGCCAGGCAGAACGGAUGUCUCAGAUCAAGAGGCUCCUGAGUGAGAAGAAGACUUGCCAGUGUCCCCACCGGAUGCAGAAGACUCAGAAUCUCAUCUGAGGCCUAGGCCCCACCGGCAGCCGACCAACUGUGCCUUGCCCUGUCUGCUGAGGCCUGUGGACCAGAUGAAUGUAGCAGACGCAGUGCCUCCAGCCUCCGGCCUCCUCUUCCGUAACUGGCCACUGUUUCUCCCCCUCUAUUCCCAAGCUCAAAGUAAGCUUGCUCUCUACUUUCCAGACGAUUGAACACACUGUUCAUCUUUCCCAGCUUCCUUUUCACAAAGACCUCAGCCCUUCUCUGAUUCUUGUUCAGAGCCUCUUUCCGGCUGUCUGUUUGGAUCUAAGGGCAGUGAACAGAAUCAGCCGGGCAUAGAUGGUGGACUGGUAUAUAGAAACACACAGCACACUUUCCAAGACAGGGCCCUGGGACUGAACUGAGUGGAGGCUUGUGGAGAUCGCACAGCCUUUCGGGGACAGAUGUGGACCCCAAACUGCUGACAUCAGCCUCAGCUUCCCAUGCUGCCUGCUCCUCACUUUGUGUUGGCAAGAUUGGGCUCACAUUCUGGCUAGUAUACCAACACACACGCAGGCCACAUGCCCCUACACAUAGCCACACACUUAUCCAUAGUUAAUGUAUCAGCCAGCUUAAUGUCCUUGGUAUUUAACCCUUUCAAAAACCUUACAUGUAGGCAAGUAAAAUGAUUCAGCAGUAAAAGCUCUUGCUGCCAAACCCAAGGACCUGAGUUCGAUCCCUGAGGAUGGAAGGAGAGAACUGACUCUCAAAAGUUGUCUUCUACUCAUGUGCCGUGGCCCUUAUGUACAAACACACACACACACACACACACACACACACACACACACACACACACUCACUCUGAAAUCCUACAAGCUGACAGUGAUGACCAAGAUGGCAGAAAUGACCAAGCAUCUCCGAUGAAAUGGAACUAAGGUUCAAUGACUACCCCAGGUUACACAGGUAACUAGUGUGGGUGUCAGGACUAACCCAGGGCUCCUGAUUGCUAGAGCCACUAUCUGUAACACAGGGGUGAAGGGCAGGGAGGUCUCUGGAGCCAGUCACAGGCAGGUACCUUGGAAGCACAGCACCCACAAGAUGGCCUGUCUCGAGAUCGCAAGAGGAAUGAGGAGCAAUUCUUGUUUGAAUCCCUCCCUGACCACUGCUGUCUGUGGAUUCCUUUACUGGAGGACAAAGCCCCAGUUCACUUAGAGCAAGGCCAAGAGAACUCACCGUGCAGAGACCUGCCACUCACUGCAUGCAGAGCCCGGACAGUGAGCUAUGUUGAGGGGGGGGGGGUCCUUUGUCCUUUGAUGAGAUCCUCAGCCCUUGCCACGCAUCCAGGGAGACCAGGGUUAUAGUAUUCUCCUGCCAGGCUUGAUUUGUUUCUCUCAGAUUCUCAGCUUUCUAGGCCUCUUUCAUUCUCCUGCCUCAGCACCUGCCUUUUUCCUCCCAACCCAGUUCUUUCCUUUCCUGGUGGCCUCUUCCAGAAAGACCCACCCUGCCCUGCCCCUCAGUUGUGCCCGGCUCCUCAUUGAUUACUUUUUAUUCCCAUCCCUGACUCCUGCUUCCUCAGCUGACAGAAAAAUAAAGACUAUAAGUA